AAGUUUUCUAACCUCAAAAUAGUGUGUUUAGAAUAUUUAUUGUUUGAAUGAAUGUAUUAUUAUUUAUUUAUUAAAUCUCACAGGGUUUAUGUUUUAAGCUAAUUUAACCAAAUAAAAACCCGCUAAAAUGUCCCAUCAACUUGGGAGUUUGGUAUCGGAAAUACUCAAUCGACACUUCGGUGAAAUAGUUCAGAAAGUUGGUGAUGAUCUGUUUUCGUUCGGUGCGAGGCCCGUUGCUGCUAUCGCCAAGACCACCGAGAUUCCCAGGAUCAAAGUAGUAGAAAGUCUCCGCACUCUACUAAAGUAUGAUUUGGUAACAUUUGAACCAUCCAAGAAUGAAGUAGUUGCAGACUACAAAAUAGUUCCUGACAAUAUUCUUCUAUUAAUGCGAUAUCCAAGAUACCUGCUCCAGAUCAAGAGCAAGCACGGCAGCAAGGCGGAGAUGAUUGUGGAGGAGGUCCUGCAGCGCGGCUGCGUCACCGCCACCAACCUACUUGUCACACUUGCCAGGAAAUAUAAGGAUGAUAGGGAAAAAAACAUAUCAAUAGUCUCGCUAAAAGACAUGUUCAUCAGCCUGGCGACGGCCGGGUACCUGCAGCAGGCGGCGGUGGCUGAGGUGAAGGAGGGGGAGGGGGGGGAGGUGCCCACGAUGGUGGCGGUGGCGACCAUAGUGCCGGAGCUGGACGCCAGGACGCUUGUGCUGGCUAUGAACGAGGGGGCCGAGGUUACUGAUAAUAUCUACUGGAAAGUGAAUUUCGACCGUUUCCACCAGGACUUCAGAGAUGAGAUUAUGAUCGACGCAAUGACCAGACGAGUUGAUGAAAAUGCGGGCGAGUUAAUGCGCCACCUGCUAGUACAAGUAUACCUGAACACGCCUCCGUGGGCCGCCUCGUCCACCCCAGUGCCGGCGCUACAGUUGAAGGAGAGCACGCGGAGGGGCGCCGCCGAGCGACCGCUGCUCGCGCAGUUUGUGGACCAUUAUCUUAGGGUUGUGGAAGAGAACGGGUGCGGCUUCGUGCGGCGCUCGGGCGACGCGUCGGGCGGCCAGUUCGUCGUACAAAUGCAGCGCGCUGCAAAAGAGACCGUGUAUGCUUUACUAGAACAUACUGUGAACGAGAGACUGGGGUCCAAUGCCGCUAGGAUAUUCAGACUAAUCCGAGACAAGAAGUACAUCGAGGAGGAGGACAUCCGCAAGCACGCCAUGGUGCCCAACAAGGAGUGCAAGGAGCUCACGUACAAGCUCAUGGAGCACCACUUCAUUAGUGUUCAGCCAAUGAGGAAAGCAGCAUCGGGGGGAGGACUAGUCAAAGCAAUCUAUUUAUACUACAUCAAUUUACAUGAGACAGCGCACACAGCCCGUGAACUCUGCUACCGAGCGUGCCACAACGGGCUGCGGCGCGCGGCGGCGGCGCGGCGGGCGCACGCGAGGCUGCUGGACAAGCAGCGCCGGGUGAGGAGUGUGGUGCACAGUAUGAGGGUCAGGGAGGACCCGCAACAGCAUAUAGCUCGGGUGGAAGAGACAAUAACGCCUCCGGAACGGCAACUCAUCCAGUCGGUAGAGAAGCAACUCAAGCAACUGUCCACGGCAGAGAUCGAACUGGACAAGGCGCUAUUCAUACUGCACUGGUACUUCAUGUAUAAAGAUAAUUGAACUC